UUUAAGAACCCCUUGUUAAAGCUCUAAUCCUUUUGAGGAGAAAAGUGAGGAAGUCAGCCAUGGAAAGUUUAACCAAACCCUCACAAACAACUGAAUCGCAGAGACUUCCGGACGAUAUCUUAUUCGACAUACUCUCAAGACUCCCCGUUCAGAAUCUUAUGCAAUACAGAUGCGUAUGCAAAUCAUGGCAAUCUAUGAUCUCCGAUCCCCAAUUCAUCAAAACCCACCUCCACCGAUCAACCCAAUCCCUCGACACCCAAAGACUCAUGGUCACACAUCCCUCCAAUGACCACUUUAUCUCCCUUGACUGCAAAUCUCUUCAUGAAUCGAAAAGGGUCGAUUCGCCUUGGAAGACCUCGUACUCCUAUGCCAAGGUAUUGUGUACUUGCGAUGGUUUGAUUCUAUUGUGUUUCAAUUACAAAGCCUUUAUGUCGCCCAAUAGAAACAGGGACAAUGAAUUUGUUUUAUGGAAUCCGACUAUUAGAAAGCAUGUGAUGUUUUCGUGCCCUUAUAAUUAUAUAAAUUCUGGUUCUAGCAUGCUUUAUGGACUUUGUUUUGAUUCAUCCACGAAUGGUUAUAAAGUGAUUAUGUUGUCGGAAAGUUUUGGAGUUUAUGUAUGUGUCUUUGAUUUGAAAACCCUUUGCUGGAAAGAGAUAAGGGAGUCUUCUUUUUCAAUUUCGUGCCGUGAGAAUGGGGUUCUUGUGAAUGGAGCUCUGCAUUGGAUUAUGACUUCUAAAAAGUGUAAUUCCUCUGUGAUUGUUUAUUUUGACUUGGUGGAGGAAAAGUUUAAGGAGGUGCCGAAACCGGAUUUUGGGGGUAAAAAUGUUGAGUUUGGUUUGGUUGGUUUGAGAGGAUGGCUUUGUGUGUAUGGAUGGAUGGAUACUACACAGGUUGAUGUAUGGGCAAUGAAAGAAUAUGGGAAGAAGGAAUCAUGGACUAAAUGGAUUACCAUUUCAGCUAAAAGAGGAAGCACCUUUUUAUGCUACUUGAAGCCUUUGUGUUUGAGGAACACAGGUGAAGUUUUGGUGGAAAUUGGCAACAGGGAACUAGCAGUGUACGAUCCAAAAGAAUGUACAUUUAAGAUUCCAUUGUCCUUUUGGAAUGUUCAUAGUUUGACAGUGGCCACGUAUGUGGAGAGUCUAGUUUUAUUAUAUGAUGACGAUGACACUACUAAGGUGCGACACAGGAAAGUGAAUCCGAACAGAGGAUACAGGAACAGAUUGAAGAAAUAGAAUGGUUGGCUGGUUCUUCUCUUGAUUUUUCUUGGAUAAUUUGUAUAUGGGAGUUUCGGUUUGUUCACUCGUGGUUUUUGUAUAGUAAAUAACAUUUGCGGUUUUAAAAUUUUUGCUUAGUGUAGAAGUCUUCAAGGUUACAAAUGUCUGGAUUUAGCAAAAUACCUGCACUUGUUUGUUUGGUUGAAAAUGCUGCUGUUAAAAGUGGGUGGAAGAAGUUCAGGAUGUGUUUUAAUCAUAAAUUUGUUCUAACCAUUCAAUAAUAUUCAUUUGUCACUUCCCUA